AUGCCGGGUCUCACUAUGGCUAUCAACCCAAAGGCCCCUACAGCGAGGAAAAACCCCGUCACUUCAACACCCACCCCCAAAGUCGCCGCGAAGACUCAGCAACAGCGCAAAACAUCGGUUUCUCAAGCCGUUCCGAAGACACAGCAACAGCGCAAGAAUUUGAAUGCGCAAAACUCGCCCAAGGUCGUUGUGAAGCAGCAGCGUAAAACUUCUGCUGUGAAGCCGACGGCUAUGGUGGAUAACAAGAGGAAGAUCAAGGCUGAGAAUGUCUCACCGACGAUGGCUGAUCUCCAGGUCAAGCCUGUAGGAGCAGAGAAGGGUACUGCUCGGCCAGAAGCUAGGAAUGAGUCGCCGCCCAAGAAGCAGAAGGUUGAGGAGACGAUGGCUGAGAUCAUGAAAGACACCACAGUCAUGUCUCCGUCCGAGUUCAAGUUCACCGCGCCAAACACGCAGUUCCCAUCCCUACCACCAUCCGCCGCCACUCAAUCAGCCCAGUCCACCCAGAUGAUGACGAACCUCCUCCGCCACGUCCUCCAAACCCAGCCCACGCUCCUCCCACCCAACCUCUCCCUGCCCAUAACAUCCCCCCACAUCGACGCCAUAGCGCACUCAAUGUGGCAAAUCGCCUUCAAACACGUCGUCAUGCUGCAACGCGCCUGCCAGUACAGCGCCAUGUACGCGCCCGUCAAACUCGCAGCGCUAGCGAAGUUGAACUUCUUGCCCAGCUGGUGGUUCUUCAGGGACUUGGUGGUUGGGGGGUUGCCGGGGUUGGUCAAGGGAGGGGAUGGGAAAGGAGGAGAGAAGGGGGGUGGAAAGGGAGGGCUGGUGAUUGAUGAUAGGGAGAUGAUGGGGGUUUGGGAUGAGGCGGUUAGGUGGUGUGGGGGUGUUGUUGCGAGGAGGGAGGGGGUUGGUAGGGUGGUGGGGAGGGAGGAGGAGAGAGAAGGAGAGGAACAAGAGGGUGGGAUGGUGGUGCAGGAGGAGGGGUUGGUGCUGGAUAGUAGGAUGGUGGAUGGUAGCGAGAGUGGAGAGGGUGCAGAGUGA